AGAACACUCGCGAGAUCUAGAAAGCCAGUCGAAUUCACUAGAUUCUAGUGGAGGUGCAAAUGAUCCAGACGCAGCCACACACCCUAGGACUACGCUAGUACCAGAUCCAGAUACCACACAGCGACAUCCAGACGCUGUACUAACACUUCAAGAGGAACAAGAUCGAAAUCCACCAGAAGCAGGAGUAGGACCAGAAGACGAUGAACAUCAAGAUGGCAACUCCAACUUUCACGAAAGCCAAAACAGGAACCUCUCCCCAGCAGUGACGCAAUUGCUAGCAGAGCAUGGCAAUUCCAUGCUCGAAUUAGAGAUGGCUGUUUUGCGCGAUUUUCCAACUCAGAGUGGCACUACAGUUUCGGACUUG